AUGGCACCCAUACGCCUGGCCACUUCGCUGUUCGGGACAUGCCGAGCAGCCUCAAUUCGCCCAGGCGCAACAUGGCGACAGCGAUGUCUGUAUCACUCAUACGAUUACCCCUCAUCGCCACCAUUCCCCCCCGCUGAAGCGGCGAUUCUUUCGUCUGCAUACACACACGUACCAAACCAUGGCUUCACCAUGGAUGCACUUAAGCUGGGCGCUCGAGAUGCUGGCUACCUCGAUGUCUCGACAAAUUUAUUUCCACGAGGCGUAUUUGAACUGAUCAACUACCAUCUUGUCACUCAGCGAUUGGCUUUGCAAAGCAACGUCCAGUUCCCCGAGGAGAGCGAGCACGGCAAGAAGAUGGGUGCCGGUGCCAAGGUCAGGACGUUAACACUCGCACGGCUCCGCGCAAAUGCACCCAUUAUCCACCGCUGGCAAGAGGCACUGGCAAUAAUGUCCCGGCCCACAUACGUCCCAGCUUCCGUCACUGAACUGGCCAAGCUCGCAGACGAAAUAUGGUUUCUGUCAGGCGACCAGAGUGUUGAUAGUAGCUGGUACACAAAACGAGCAACCCUCUCGGCAAUCUACUCGACGACAGAGCUGUACAUGACACAGGAUAAGUCGCAUAAUUUUGUAGAGACUGAGCAGUUUCUGGACAACAGACUACAGGAUAUGAUGAAGGUUGGUGGCUUCAUGGGCAGUCUGGGAGAAUGGCUCAACUACACGGGCCAUUCUGCCAUCAAUGUACUUCGGAGUAAGGGAGCUCGUGUCUAG